UUUAUUCUCCCUUCACUUCUCCUUUUACACAAAUAACCCCGGACAUCCUUAUUACCAGCCCUGUUGCAGCCACCUCAGGGAUAAUCACCAGUCCUGCCCAAAGCAUUUGGGGAAAGUGCCUACAAAAGGGCAAGAAUAUCCCUGCAUGAGCAUGAGUAGCUUGAAAUUGCUGAAGUAUGUUCUGUUUUUCUUCAACUUGCUCUUCUGGUUCUGUGGCUGCUGCAUUUUGGGCUUUGGAAUUUACCUCCUGGUCCACAACAACUUCAGGGUGCUCCCCUCCCUCACAUUGGGCAAUGUGCUCGUCAUCGUGGGAUCCAUUAUCAUGGUGCUUGCCUUCCUGGGCUGCAUGGGCUCCAUCAAGGAGAACAAGUGCCUGCUUAUGUCGUUCUUUGUCCUGCUGCUGAUUAUCCUUCUUGCUGAGGUGACCUUGGCCAUCUUGCUCUUCGUGUAUGAACAGAAGUUGGAUAAGUAUGUGUCUGAGAGUCUGACUGACAGCAUCAAGAGAUAUCACUCAGACAACAGCACCAAGGACGCAUGGGACUCCAUCCAGUCAUUCCUGCAAUGUUGUGGUGUAAAUGGCACAAAAGAUUGGGGAAAUAACCCACCAGCAUCUUGCCCUUCAGAGCCACAGGGUUGCUAUGAAAAAGCAAAACUGUGGUAUCACUCCAAUUUCCUGUAUAUUGGAAUCAUCAUUAUCUGUGUAUGUGUGAUCCAGGUAUUGGGGAUGUCUUUUGCACUGACCCUGAACUGCCAGAUUGAUAAAACCAGCCAGACUCUAGGGCUGUGACCUGCUACAGCUUUGUGUUGGAGAGGUUUGAUUCAUCUCUGGAAAUCCAAAAGCACUUAGAGUGUGAAGCCCUAAAUGAUCACCUCCUGGACUGGCAUCUUUGUUCCCUUCCCAUCUCUUCCCUGUUUUGGUCCCUGUCUCAUACAACCAGAGAAGAGGGUGUUGUUCAGGCAUGUUCCAUCUCAGGCAGUAAGACAAUCAUUCACCCCUCAUGGAAGCAUCCAUGUCCCUUGAGGUGGUGACAGUAAUUCCUGAGCAUUUUUCAGACAUGAGAGGUCAGGGGAACCUGUGGCACUACUGGUUCAAGAUCAAAGGAUGUGUCUGGGACUUGAAGUUUCUGGUUUCUAAAUCAUGCCCAGUCCACUCUCCAAAGUCAAGCAAAAGACAAGCUGAAGGGAGCUUUGGGGCCAGUUAUUGAAUCACUGUCACCCCUAUUGUUUCCUUUUGACUGGGAGUCAUGGCUAUAGGAAUUACAGAGGAUUAUCUCCAAAGGGUGAUAUUUCAUUUCAAUUUCCUAAUUAAAGGGCCUUAUUGAUUCAUUCUGUCUUUCCAGAAGAAAUUAUCCAGUGAUUCAUAUCCUGACUUAAGCAAAUGUCUUAGCCUUUGAUUUGCAGAGCUAUGGACAAACUCAGUAGGACUGCUGUCUCUGGUAGUUUAGGUGGAAAUCACAUUCAGAAGAGUUCUGGUGGUAUUUCUCUAUCAGAUAACUCUUCAAUAAAUAAAAUAGCUUAUGAUUUCAAUCACUACAUUCCCAUUCUUAUAUCUCAAAUACACUUUCCAUGACUUAAUCUUAUAGCCUAGCCAGCAAGCCAGGCAUAAUAGUUACCUAUUGCUGCAUAACAAGUUACUGCAAAACUUAGUGGCUGAGAUAACAAAUAUUAUCUCACAUUUUUUAUGUGUGAUGAAAUGGGAGCAACUUAGCUGAGUGACUCUGGUUCAUGGUUUCUCACAUGACUACAAGCAAUAUAUCAGUCAGGGCUGUGGUCAUCUCAAGCCUCAACUAGAAGAGGAUCCACUUCCAAGCUCUUUCACAUGGCUUUGGUAGGUGUCAGUUCUUGCUUCAUACAACUUUCCUCAGGGUUGCCUUACAACAUCCCAGCUGGUAUUCCCCGUACCAAAACAUGUAAGAGAGAGCAUUAAAUAUAGCACCUCAAAUAAACUAUAGUCCUUUUAUAAUCCGA